GGGGGCCGCCAUUUUCCGGGAGUGGGAGGUGUACCUUACUUCCUGACUCCCUUCCCUUUUCCACCGGUUAUCACGGCGCCCACCGGCCUCUGAUCUCUGAGUCUUCUCCAACCCACAGACGUUUUUGUUGCUCUGGUUCCGGGACCUUCUCCACAACUAGGCCAUUUUUCCUGCCAGGUGUCCAUUUUGACCUCUUGACCUCUGACUCAAAGGUCAGCCCAAAGGUUCCAAACUCGGGUCUGGGAUGUGAGGGGGUAGUGAACUUAAGUUCUCCGAAUCUUUAGCCCUGGGCUCCUAAGUCGCACCCUUAAGGCACCUCAGUUUAGGUCUGAGUCUUCAUAUCCCAAACUUACUCAUGUGUUUCCACAUCUAGCCCCAAAGAAUGAGUUAACUCCUACUAACUGUCCACCUAAGACUCCCGAGGUAACCCAACCGGUACCACAGAUCCGGUUCCGGAUUUAAGGACCCCACCCUGUUAACUGUAAGGUGCCUUAUGACUUGAGUCACCCUCACAAUUCCUGCUCCCAUGGUUUCAAAUAUUAGCUGUGGUCCUUUCACAGCCACUGCUCAGCCCCCAGAUUCUGGAACUCAGCUCGUAAAUUUUUAAAAUUUCCAUCCCUGAGACCGUUCUCUGUUGGAGGAUCCUUCCCUCCCCGCCUUCUGAACCUCUCAGCCCCUCCUGUAGACCCCAAAAUGACUUCUUCAUGUUCUCCUCCCCUAAAGCCAUCAAUCCCUCCUCCAAGAACCCCUGUAACCCAAGCCAGCAGCAUUCCAUCUCCUCCUCUACCCCCAAGUCCCCUGGACUUUUUAGCUAUACCAUCCCCUCCCUGGAGUCAGCAGACCGCUGUUCCCCCACCGCCCCCACUGCCUCCUCCACCCGCUGCCACGGGGCCUGCUCCCCCUCAUGUCUUCGGCCUGGAGAAGAGCCAGCUCCUGAAGGAGGCCUUGGAGAAGGCUGGCCCGGUCCCCAAGGGCAGAGAAGAUGUGAAGAGGCUCCUGAAACUGCACAAGGACCGGUUCCGAGGUGACCUGCGGUGGAUCCUCUUCUGUGCAGACCUGCCGUCCCUCAUCCAAGAAGGCCCUCAAUGCGGGCUGGUGGCCUUGUGGAUGGCAGGUACUCUCCUGUCGCCCCCCAGUGGCGUCCCCCUGGAGAGACUCGUGCAGGUGGCCACGGAAAGAGGCUACACGGCCCAGGGAGAGAUGUUCUCAGUGGCCGAUAUGGGCAGGCUGGCUCAGGAGGUGCUGGGCUGCCAGGCCAAGCUGCUCUCUGGCGGCCUGGGCGGUCCCAACAGAGACCUCGUCCUGCAGCACCUGGUCACCGGACAUCCCCUGCUCAUCCCCUACGACGAAGACUUCAACCAUGAGCCGUGUCAGAGGAAGGGCCACAAGGCCCACUGGGCGGUGAGCGCAGGGGUCCUGCUGGGUGUUCGGGCUGUGCCCAGUCUCGGCUACACUGAGGACCCUGAGCUGCCAGGUCUGUUCCACCCAGUGCUGGGCACGGCCUGCCAGCCACCAUCCCUGCCGGAGGAGGGCUCCCCGGAAGCUGUCUACCUGCUGUCCAAGCAGGGCAAGAGUUGGCAUUAUCAGCUGUGGGACUACGACCAAGUCCGGGACAGCAACCUGCAGCUGACGGACUUCUCACCCUCGCGGGCCACCGACGGCCGGGUGUACGUGGUGCCCGUGGGUGGGGUGCGGGCUGGCCUCUGUGGCCAGGCCUUGCUCCUCACACCGCAAGACUGCAGUCAUUAG